AUGGUGACUACGGCGGCGGAAAGGCCAAAAGAUGUCCCUGCAAAAGAAGCGGAGAAACGUCAAGCCGAGGAGCAAAAGCUCAUCAACAAUGCUCGACCACUCACUGAAAAAGAACAAGAAGAGAAAACCGAACUUUUGACACAAGCAAUCACUGACUGGACCAAACGCGAAUUCACGCAAUUCAUUAGGGGAAACGAAAAAUAUGGACGUGAUGACCUGGAAAGUAUUGCAAAGGAAAUGGAACGUCCUCUGGAGGAAAUUCAAAGAUACGCUAAUGUUUUCUGGGAGCGUGUCGAUGAGCUUCAAGAUUCAGAGAAACUUCUCAGCCAAAUUGAGAAAGGGGAGGCAAGAAUACAGCGCAAGUAUGCUGUUAAAAAGGCUCUUGAUGCAAAAAUAGCCAAGUACAAGGCACCUUUCCAACAGCUACGGAUCUCCUAUGGAACGAACAAAGGAAAGACAUACACUGAAGAAGAGGAUCGUUUCUUGGUUUGCGAAACUCACCGAUUGGGAUACGACAAAGAGAAUGUGUUUGAAGAACUGCGACAAUCAGUUCGAAUGGCGCCUCAAUUCAGAUUCGAUUGGUUCUUAAAGAGUCGUACAGCUAUGGAGCUCCAACGUCGUUGUAACACUCUCAUCACUCUUAUUGAACGUGAAAUGGGAGAAGUCGCAGAGGCGAAGCCAGUUGUUGUUGCCACAGCGGGUGAUAAGAAAAAAGCCAGCUCCAAUGCACAAAAGAGUGGAGCUUCGGCCGCCAAGAAGGCAAAGACUUCAUCUAAAUAA